GUAGAAAAAGAAAAGAAAGGAAAAAAGAGUUGCUGUCAUAUCAAAGUGCUUGAUGGCAGUUACCCAGGCUGUGCUCCCGUCAAUCAGCUCCUUCUCCAGCCUCGCUCACUCCAGCAGCGACAACAUGAAAGUGUGGAAGUCUGAGGGCGUCUCUCUGCCUCUGGACUCUCUCAGUAACAGACCCAGCAUCUCCGAGCAGCUGCAGGUCUCCAAGCAGCUGACAGAGGAGCUCCUCGACGACGACAGCCGAGCAUCUUGGGACAUUGAGUUCCUGCUGUCUGACUGGAGCAACCCUUCUCCUGAAUUCAACCCUUCUCUGGAGAACUGUGAUCAGCGGCUGGUCGACCCACACACGGCCUACCAAGAGGUGGCCACGUUUAAGGAGCAGCCAGGUCAGGAGUGUGUGCCGGUGAGCAGCGGCAGCUUCGUGGCAGAGCUCCUGUCCCCCGAUCAAACCCCAUCACACCAUCCAGAGCUGUACCACCAUUAUAGUGAGGCACAAACAGGUCGGACUUCCGCUCCCAGUCUGGCUAACGUAGAUCAGUUUGGCUUCCUGCAAGGAGGCAGAGGAAACCACAGUAAGGCCUCAUCAUGGGACUAUAACCCCUACUACUCCCAGCAGCACCCGUCCAUGGUGACUUACCCCGACAGCAGGUUCAUCUCCUCUCAAGCUGUGACCACUGACCCUCGACACUACAGCUACAUGCCCGGCUUCAGCCACAACGCCAACCUUUACUGUGACUACACCCACAGCCAGGCCACUGGUCAACUGCCCCAUCACCAGCAAUCCCUGCUGGUGGGAGCCCAGCUGCCCCCUGCUGGGGUGGAGGGGAAGCGUGGUCGGAGGGCCACAGGGAAGAAGAGGCCCGCCAUCCACAGCUGUGAAUACCCCGGCUGCAGCAAGACCUACACCAAGAGCUCCCACCUCAAGGCUCACCUUCGCACGCACACAGGGGAAAAGCCCUACCAAUGUUCAUGGGAGGGAUGCAGCUGGAAAUUCGCCCGCUCUGAUGAGCUGACACGUCACUACCGCAAGCACACGGGCCAGAAACCCUACGAGUGUCUGCUGUGUCAGAGGGCCUUCUCCCGCUCCGACCACCUGGCUCUGCACAUGAAGAGACACACUUGA